AUGCAAGUCGAUUGGGUCGAAGAUUUGAUGGACUCUGCUGCGGAUGCUAGUAAGGAAGGACGCUAUGAUCGUUUCUUGUCGGAGGGUACUAUGUUUUUUGUGGUGGUUGUUUGUGGCGUUUUAGAGGUAGGGGUAGAGAGCGGCAAGGCCGAGAGGGAGGAAGAGGUUGAAUACACGGCUGCGGCGCAUGCAGGUUUCUUUUGGUGGGAGUUGAAAGGGUUCUUUCAGAGUCAGAGUCUGCGUCCAGGUCUGUCGCGUUUAUUGGCAUCCAAUAUGGUCAAAUAUGAAAAGUCAACUCGUGCCUGUCAAAGAAGUUCGGUGCAUAUCGACAACCAGGUCUAUAGAUUCGUUAGCUACCGCCAUGAUGGGAACAAAGAGAGCCAUACUCGGGAAGUCUCCACAAUAAGAUGUCAACCGAUGAAUCAAAAGCCGUCUGACCUCACGUUGAUAAGUUUUGAAGACCACGACCCUCCCUUUGCCUAUUGCGUCGUGAAAGACAGUUCAGAGGUGGGCCAUGACUGA